AUGCCUCCGUGGUGGUCAUCUGCGGCCAACCUUUUCCAACCAUCGAACAAGACGGUAGAUAUGGUCUCUUUAACUUGGAGACAGGCAAUCUUUGCCUUUUCAUCCGUCGCCUCAGCGCAGUCUAGCACGUCCACUAACCCAGCUGAUGGUCUGUCCAUCACGUCCGGUUACAGUGUGACACCAAGUCCCACCGUCGGAACCGCAACAAUCAAUGGCACAGCCACGACCUACAGCGUACAAUUCACUGUGCCUGCUGCUGCUGACGUGGGUCCAAACCUUCUGCCAAAUAUCAAAGAUCCGAAUGCGAAGCAAGCCCAAGCACUAUGUCCAGGCUACAAAGCAAGCAAUGUCGAACGGACGGCGAAUGGUGUCACAGCCACCUUGAGUCUAGCAGGAGAAGCAUGCAACGUGUACGGCACCGACAUCGAGACACUUGCAUUGAACGUCGACUAUCAGACAGCACACCGCCUCGGUGUUUCCAUUCAGCCAGCUUACCUGGACAACAGCAACAGAAGCCAGUAUGUUCUAUCCGAGGAGCUGGUCCCUUUCCCAGAACAGGGCGUGAUACAGCCAGACACGCAAGACAUCGAUCUACAAUUCUCGUGGUCGAAUGAACCUACGUUCUCCUUCACCAUCCUUCGCAAGUCCACAGGCGACGUUCUCUUCGACACGAGAGGCAGCGUCCUUGUCUACGAAAACCAAUUCAUUGAAUUCGUCUCUCAAUUGCCAGAGGAUUACAAUCUCUAUGGCAUGGGUGAACGCAUCCACGACCUGCGACUUGGCAACAACUACACCGCGACCUUCUACGCCGCGGAUGCUGGCGACCCCAUUGAUUACAACAUCUACGGAAAUCACCCAUUCUACCUUGAUACUCGCUACCACGAGGUCGAUGAAACCACCGGUGAGAAAACUUUGGUGACGAGUCAAAACGUCUCCGCCACGAAGACGUACGAGAGCUACUCACAUGGUGUCUACCAGCGCAGCGCUCAUGGCAUGGAGGCUCUGAUGCUGCCGACAAACAUUACCUGGCGUGCUCUAGGCGGCUCGAUCGACCUGUACUUCUUCGAUGGGCCGACUCAAGCAGAGGUCACUAAGCAGUAUCAGCUUGGUGCGAUCGGCUUGCCUGCGAUGCAGCAAUACUUUACUUUCGGGUUCCACCAGUGCCGUUGGGGCUACAAGAACUGGACGCAGCUAGAAGAAGUGGUGAACAACUACCGUGCCUUCGACAUCCCUCUGGAGAACAUCUGGACCGAUAUCGAUUAUAUGUUCCAAUACCGCGACUUUACGAACGACCAGAACACUUUUCCGUAUGGACCUGGACAAGAGUUCCUGCAACGACUCCAUGAUGCUGGCCAGCACUACAUCCCGAUUGUGGACUCGGCCAUCUACAUUCCCAAUCCGAACAACGCUAGCGACAACUACUCCAUCUAUACUGAUGGUAAUGAUCAUGGUGUGUUCUUAAACAAUCCCGAUGGCUCUCAAUAUAUUGGAGAAGUGUGGCCAGGCUACACCGUCUUCCCAGACUGGCAUUCAAAUGCGUCAGUACCAUGGUGGACACGCAGUCUGCAGGGCCACCACGAUAAUGUACCUUGGGAUGGUAUCUGGAUCGACAUGAGCGAGGUAUCGUCCUUCUGCGUCGGCUCGUGCGGCACUCACAAUCUAUCUCUAAAUCCCGUCCACCCAAGCUUCGGUCUACCUGGCGAGCCGGGCUCAGUGGUCUACGGGUACCCGGAGGGUUUCAACAUCACUAACGCUACCGAAGCUGCAGCUGCGAGCUCAGCCAAUGCUGCUCAGGCAUCGUCGGCAUCAGCGGCCAGUCCGCCAAGUACAGCUACCACACCUUACUUCGUCAGUACUGUAACGCCUGGCGUACGGAAUAUCAACCAGCCGCCUUAUGUCAUCAACAACAUCAAUGGAGAUCUUGCUGUCCAUGCUGUCAGUCCAAAUGCCACCCAUGUGGAUGGCAUUGAGGAGUACGAUGUACACAAUCUCUUCGGCCACCAGAUUCUCAAUGCAACGUACCAAGCUCUUCUCUCGGUGGUACCAGACAAGCGGCCCUUCAUCAUUGGCCGUUCAACAUUCGCUGGAAGUGGUAAAUGGGCUGGCCACUGGGGCGGUGACAACACCAGUCUGUUUGCGUAUAUGUACUUCUCCAUCGCCCAAGCCCUCAACUUCGGACUUUUCGGCAUACCAAUGUUUGGCGUCGACACAUGUGGCUUUAAUGGCAACUCAGACGAAGAGCUAUGCAACCGAUGGAUGCAAGUGUCUGCAUUCUUCCCCUUCUACCGAAACCACAACGUGUUGUCCGCGAACUCACAGGAGGCUUAUGUCUGGGAGUCUGUUGCCGAGGCUUCCAAGCGAGCGAUGCAGAUCCGAUACUCGCUUCUGCCAUAUAUGUACACUUUGUUCUACUAUGCCUCGACGACAGGCAGCACUGUGAUGCGAGCACUUGCUUGGGAGUUUCCAAACGAUCCUACCUUGGCCGCCAUCGACAAUCAGUUCAUGCUCGGCUCGUCACUUCUCAUCACGCCUGUACUUGGACAAGGCCUCACCGAGAUCCAAGGUGUCUUUCCAGGUAUCAAGGACGGUGAGAUCUGGUACGAUUGGUACACCCAAGCUACCGUCGACGCACAAGCUGGUGAAAACAAGACCAUCGCUGCGCCCCUCGGCCAUAUUCCAGUAUUCAUCAGAGGUGGUUCGGUCCUACCUCAGCAGGAAGCGCUAUACACGACUUCCGAAUGCCGCAACAGCUCAUGGUCACUUAUCGCCGCCUUAUCAGCAGAAGGCUCUGCCUCUGGCCAACUGUACGUGGACGAUGGCCAAAGCAUUGUGCAGGAAGCUACACUAUUAGUCGACUUCACGGCAAGCAAUGGCAGUCUGUGGGCUUCAGCACGCGGCACUUAUCAAGACAGCAAUUCUCUCGCGAACAUCACUGUGUUGGGUGUUGCGAGCCAGCCUGGUACAGUCACACUCAAUGGAGAAGCAUCACUUCCUUUCAGUCGGCGUGACCUACAGGCGGCGACUAGCACAAGUCCCGACUUCCUGGAGCUGAGCAGAUCCCGUUCGCCUGCGAACUAUGGUGCACUACCGAAGCUCGUGACAGAUCCGGCAUUCAAUGAUAUACUUGAGAAGAGAUAUUUCCAGUUCUUUCGCCAGAAGACUGCCCAGAGUACCAGCACUCUCGUAUCAAGUCGAUUCUGGGACAGGGUUGUUUUGCAGGCCUGUCAUAUUGAGCCUGCGGUCAAGCACGCAGUACUUGCGCUCAGUGCUCUGCAUCAGCUGUCGGAGUCAUAUGCGCAGGGUGAAGUCCAACAAAAGCACGUCGACUUUGUCAGCCAGCAGCAUCUCAGGGCUCUACGGGCUUGCAGAAAUCUUCUUGCUUCAGCGGGAAGGGACGAUGUUGACCGAGUGCUCAUAGUAUGCAUCAUCAUGAUCUCAUUCGAAGGCAUCAGAGGUGAUUAUGUCGCGAGUCAGAUGCAUAUGAGCAGUGGGCGAACGAUUUUGAUGGAGAACAAGGAGCGGCUUUUGCACAAUCGUCGACGCAACGACCUCGCGGAGAUCGUGCAAGCACUUUCAAGGUUGGACGUUCCAGCACUCACGUUUCGCGAUGCAUCGUCCACCAACGACUUUGGUAUUGAUGACUACUAUCUGACUGAGCCCAAAUGCUUUGUGCCUAGUGCUUUCGAGAGCAUCGCUGAGGCACACGCCUGCUUCACAGAUCUGCUGCGGCUGAUGCUGGUAGCUGUCGCUCCCUUCAACGACAUACUCGACAAUUACAAUGGCCCGCAGCUCGACAGAUGCGAUGUAGAGAUGACUAAAUGCAGUCAACAAAUGCAACUUUGGAGGGUACGGUUCGAGGAUCUCUUGGUGCGCAAGCCGGAACCGAUGCGCUCACUGCCUGUUGCCGUCCUUCGUGCAUGGCACAUUGGUGCGAAGAUUAUUUUGGCCGCGGGUAUAUCUGGGCUGGAGACGAGGUUUGAUGCUUUCAUCCCAGAAUUUGACACGAUGAUCGAGCUCGCGGAGGUCAUUGUAGAGGAGCUACUGGAAAGCCACGAGGCCUCGUCAUUCAGCGUUGAGAUGGGCUACUGCGAUCCCGUCUUCUUCUGCGCCUCAAGGUGCCGGGAUCCUGUCAUCCGCCGGCGUGCCAUCGCAGUGCUCAAGAGACUGCCUAGACAGGAAGGUAUAUGGCAGAGUACUGGUGCAGCAGUGAUCGCUGAACGCUGGGUUCAGGUCGAAGAAGAAGGGUUGUGGCAAAUUGAAUCCGCUUGCGAUGUGCCGGAAUACAAUCGCAUUGCUCUGAUCACGACCGCAGUCAAUGUCGACCAACAGUCGGGACGGAUGCAGCUGACAUUGUCCAAUGCGGAUGAUCUUGAAAGAAUGCCAGUUACUAGGGACGAAUACGUGACGUGGCAGAAGCACAAGAGCCUCAAAGAUCUAGGUAUGGUAAACACCUGA